CAACUUCAUGAUUGUUGUGUUCGGCAUUUGUUUGCUUUGAAGUUUGUAUUCAAUCUAGCUAAUUACUAAAUGGCAUAAACCGUGAAAGAAAUUAAAAAACUCCCUAAAAAGUAGUGAAUAAAAAGGCAGAAAAAGUGGAGUUGAAUUGAACUAAAAAAAUAUCGCAAGUCGCCAAGGACGAAGUGAUUGUUUUCCAGUUUCCCAGGUUUGAAAAAAUGACAUUCUUCCCUGAAAAAGAGACUUUCUGUACGCUUUUUCAUAUUGCGUUUGGCUAAGUAGAUUUCCCCCCCUUGAGAAACAAUGGUGUUAAUGCAGGUCAGAUUAUCGUUUUCGCGAAGGAAAUUUUGAGGUUAGGUUGUCACAAAAAAAGGGGUUAUAUCGACGAGUUUCCUAAAAAUUUGUGAAAUUCGUGAUCUCCUCGAGAAAAGUUUCGGUCCCGGCGUUUUUAGAAAAAUAAUUGAGACCUGGUGAUUUUUCAUUCUUCUCGGAGAAGAUGGGGUCGCUGACUUUGGAUUGUCCGUUGUGUUGUGGCGAGACUUUUCACAAUCCGCAGUCGCUGAAAUAUCAUUUGCUUAGCAUGACGGACAAUUUGUAUUGUCCGGGGUGUUCAGAAAGAUUGGAUUCUGUUUUGGCUUUAAUUCGACAUCUGGAUUCUUGUGGACAAUCGAGUGAUUUGGAGAAGGAAGCGAAAUCGAAACCGAAGAAGGAAAAAAGGGGCAGUUCAAAACCCAUCGAGGUUUUGGUGAAAGAAACUCAUUCCGAAAACGAGGAAAAGAGUUUCGAAGAAUUUGAACCCGGGGACCACGAAGUCGAAUCAAUUUGUGAGGAGCGAUCAAUUAAAGUAGAAAAACCAGUUAAUGAAGUGGCGAAAAUUCGAUCAACUUCUAAAGUAAAGACGAGGAAAAUCGAGAAAGUUUUCUUGAAGAUCGACAAUAAAAGCGAAAAUUCUCGAACUCCCGAUCCACUAAUGGAAAUUUCGAAUUCAACCGACGAUGAAAAAUUCGUCGAAAAGAAUGUCAUUGCAAUUUUGCCGGACGGAUCAGAAAUUCUCAAUGACGAAGUGAGCAUGAUCAGCAUGGAUCACGUCAAUGUCCAGGAAAUUGACGAAUCCAGGCUCAUGAGAGUCAAGGAUGAGUUGUGUGAGGUAAAAAAGGAAAAGGAAUCGGAUUCACUCUACAGUUGCAGUAGUUGUUCAAUGAGCUUCAAUUCAGUUCUCGAUCACAUAAAACAAUACCAUGAUGGACAGGAAGUUGUUUUGGAAAUGGCGGAACAGCAAUAUGAGGAAUUGACAACUCCAAACGCGUCGAAUCCAGUCGAAGAGUCGAAUAAAAAAAGUUCGAAACGUCCUCGUCAGGCGAUGAACACUCUCCGAACCGAGGAAUGUAUCGACAGCGAGGGAAGACUUUAUACCCGAAAAGUUGUUCAGAUCGAACGAUUUUGGGAUCCGCAACCAGUCGCAACAAAAUCUUCAAUGAUUGAGAAAUUCUUCUCGAAUGCCGAAGGCGUCAAGGUGAGGGAGAAAAAAGAUACGCCAACUGCAGCAGCAGCAGCAAAUCGGAUUUAUCGUUGCAGUCAAUGUCUCGAACAAUUUCCGAAGUUAUCCGAAUUUCGAAUGCACACCUGUAUUCGGAGCAGCAAAAUUUGCAAUGUUUGCGACUUGAGUUUUGUGAACGCGAAGGCAUUGCAGGCUCACAUGAAAAUUCACGAGAGUGAAGAUGGCGGUGAUCAGCCGAGAUCCUUUGUCUGUGGCAUUUGCGGAACCGAGUUUUCCUCCCACAAGAGUCUGCGACUGCAUUCGCGAAUGCACGCGCCCGUUCGAGCGAGACACGUCGAUGCACCUGAGGGGACGCAAAAUUUGACCUUCAAUUGUCACGAGUGCGGAAAGACAUUUUCGGAAUCGUAUCGAGCGGUUCACAUGGCUGUUCAUACUGGUGACUCAGUGACUUGUUCGGUAUGCAAUCGGAAAUUUGAUUCGGCGGAUAGUUUGGCGAUGCAUGCGGCAGUUCAUCUGGAAGCGAAUCAUCAUCCGCAAUCGCCAAAUUCGACGGCCGACUCGGUGACGAAUUCCACGUCAACGGGCUCGACGACAACGGCCACGAUGACGGUGGCGGAAACGGAGGCACUGCAGAAUCUAAAGCCGUAUCAGUGCCAGCAUUGCGGGAGAAGAUUUACGAGGCCGCAUGAAAAAGUCAAGCAUGAGAGAAUUCACACGGGUGAAAAACCUCACGCCUGCGAGGUCUGUGGAAAGACUUUCCGCGUCUCAUACUGUCUAACUCUGCACAUGAGAACUCACACCGGCGUUCGUCCCUACGCCUGUCAACACUGCGGAAAACGCUUCAAAGCCUCGUCCGUCUACAAUCAUCAUCUUCUCACACACGGCGAUGUGCGGGCCUACACUUGUCCCUAUUGUCCCAAAACCUUCAAAACCCGAGUUCAGCUCGCCGGGCACAAAAAUAGCCACACAAAACCGUUCCACUGUACCGAAUGCUCGCGACCUUUCGCCUCGCUUUAUGCAGUUCGGGCGCAUAUCGAGACCCACAAAAAGGACAACAAUCUCAAGUUCAGCUGCUACAUUUGUGGAGCCUCGUAUGGAAGGGCAUUUGCCCUCAAGGACCAUUUGAAGCAGCACGGGACGGAGGUCCAACCGACGCCGGAGCCCUCGCGCGAGGAGGAGGUUCAGGAAGGUGAGGAAUUUGUUCUCGCUGACGAGGGCGAAAUCGAGGAAGAGGAAAUGGUCAUUCCGUCGCCUCUUCCUGUUCAGCAGUCCUCGGGAGCUGAGUCUGAAUAGAGAGGGUAGAGAAAAAAAGAGAAGAAAAAA